ACACACCUAAAUGUGAAGAAAGCCACUGGAAUGAUGCCUCACCCACAGUGACGUGAUUGUAAAUUGGACACAUCAUUGCCAUCAAACCCUAUAAGCAAAAAUACUGUACGGACAACAAAGCAGUGAGUAGGCUAGAAAUUUGUCAUAGUGGAAAAGAGGAUUCACACGCAAAUGCUGCAAUGGAAUCAUCUAAAGAGCAAACUCUUUGCUUUGUCUCAUGGAAUAUAUGUGGACAAAAAACCCCAAACAUUGACCAGUACUCAAAAGAGCUAAAGGCAGAGAUUUUCUUUUUGCAAGAGACACGUAUUGGACCUGAAAGUGACAUGCCUUUAGAAAAGCCUAAAGGCUGGCAAUCUUUUUUUACAGUCUAUGAUUCCAAAAGCAAAGGAGUUGCCAUCCUUAUAAAAGAUGGUGUACCUUUCCAGUACAUAAGCCAUGAUGAGGAUUAUAGUGGGGGGUAUGUCGUACUCUUCUGUCGUCUUCAUGGUGAGCUGUUCACUCUAGUUAAUGUGUACAAUCACAAAGAUGACAAAGAAAUGCUAUACAGACUGCAGGAAUACUUGAGGGAAGCAGCUGAGGGUGUGCUUGUGGUUGGAGGUGAUUUCAACACCGUUCUUGAUCUUAGCUGUGAUCGAACAUCUAAAGCAAACACAGUACAUCAUACACCACAGUGGGGCCCAUUUAAAAAAUUCACUGCCUCUCUAAAUCUUAUGGAUACUUGGGCAUACUUCCACCCAACAGUCAAGGCAUUCACAUACUAUCAAAAGGACAGUUAUUCUAGAAUAGACAUGUUUCUUCUGUGUGAAGACAAUUUGGAACGAAUAAAACAUGUCAAAAUCCAAGAAGCUAAAAGGACUGAGGAUCAAAUAAAGAGUGGUAAGAAAGAAACUGUUCAAGAUCAUUUGCUUCUACUGAUGUGUCUCAAAGUGAAAGAAGUACCAAAUGUUGCUUCACAAUUAGAGAAAUUCCAUGAACCAGACAGAAGAGCAGGAAAGAUUAAUGGUGCAGAGAUACUGAGUGUGAUCAAGUCUUUAACUGACUCUGGCCACAAAGGUCCUAAUGGCAAAAGUGUACAGACAUACAAGAAUUCCUGUUGUCAAUUUACAGAGAUCUUAAAAACAUGUUUCAACUCUUUUAUUAAAUCCUACCAAUUGCCUCCAGAUUUCAAAGCAAGUAGCUCUACAUCAGAUGGCAGAAAACAUUUCAAUGUGGAUUAUUUGAUUUUCACUAUGGUUCUGGCCAAACGCCUCAAUGUGCUACUGGAGGCAUUCUCAGAGGAAAGGAGUCAAAAAAACACCUGUGAUCUGUGUUACUGUGUGAAAUUUGCAGAAAAACCAAAGAAAAUCAAAUGGACCUUCUUAAAAAACAGCCUCUUAUACCUACUCGAAAAGUGCAAUAAAAGCAAAGUGGAAGAAAAGCAAAGUGCAGAAAAGACUCAAAAUGAGUCUCAAAAAAAGAAGAAAGGGAAACAGAAAACAUCUAAAAAAUCAAAAAAUAUCAACACUCUCCUUAAAGGUUUAAUUCCUAUGGAAACAGAGGAAAGAAAUAUGUUAGAGGAUAUUAUCCCAAAAGCUUCAGAUGACUUCAGAGAGCUACAAGAAGGCUGUCCACUCACUAGGUCCAUCCUCGGUUUGGUCCUGAAAUAUCUGGAGCUCCGUAUAAAUGAGAAAUAUGAGAAAUACACAGCUCAUGUCUGCCACUCUAGACAAGUUGUAGUCAUAUAUGAAAACAGUUCUCCUGACUUGAAAUGCCUGUGUGAGGAGUCUGGGAUUGAACUAAUAUGUUUUCAGCUGGGAAAUCUCCAAACCUGUGAAAACCCUGUUCAUGAUUGAAUUUAUGAAUUUGUAAAAAUGUGUCAUUCUAGUUGUUUGUCAGAGUAAUAUAUAUAUUGUUAAAUAUCUCGGCAAAUUUAUGAAUUGAAAAAUGAAAGCAAAAUUUUUUUGUAAACAAAUUAUUAUCUAUUGUAAUAUAUUUGUCCACAGGUCUUGAAAGUGUUUAAUUACAUGUUAAAUUGCAGGAUAUAUACUUGGAUGUUCUUAUAUUGUUGUAUACAUUAUCAUGUAUUGUUUUGUUUUAUAAACUCGUCACAAUCUUCUUCAGAAUUAUUCAGUGUAAUUGAGAUUUGUUUAGAAUAAUAAAGU